AUGGACACGGGAGUCCUAUUUUACGAGAUUGAUCCACCGUACAUCCACGAGGACCCGGUGCGUGGCGAGUAUUACAUCUACUGUGCGGUACCUCGUAUCCGUAAUUAUGUAGUUCCUGGUAGACCUUUCCAGUACCCUAUUAGGACAGCAUACUUUAAUCCUGAUUCACCUUAUGACUUUCCUUUAUCUUGGUUACACCCCGGUGGACCUGGGAUACCUCAUCCUGAGGAGCAGAUGCCACCUCCACCUGACCAUCCUCCUCCACCUGAACCUUCUCUACUUGAUGAGCCUAUACCUGCCCAGCUUAUCCAUGAGGCACCUCCUGCACCUUUUGUCCUUGAUGAGUGGGGUGUUCUUGUGUUGCCACCCGAGCUUGAUCCUUUACCUGAGCCGAUCGAGCCUCCUGUCUUUGAUGAGCAGCAGGGACAUGAGUAUGAUCAGAUUAUGGAGGCGCGACCUCCUUCUCCAGACUAUAUUUUGUUUGGUAGCUAUCCUUUUAUGGUUCCUGUGGCCAGUAGUGGUUCCUCUGCUAUCACUCCGACAGGAGAAGAGGACGAGGAAGAAGAAAAUCCAGAGAAAGAUCCUAACUUCAUAGUUAUCUCCUCUGACAGCGAUGACGAUGAGCCAGGCGAGGCGCCAGUAGGCGAGCAUCACCAUUCGCCCGUGAAGAAAGAGGUCACCAGAUUACUGGACGCAGAUAUCAUAUACCCAAUCUCGGACAGUAAGUGGGUGAGCCCGGUCCAGGUUGUCCCCAAGAAGUCGGGCAUCACAACGGUCAAGAAGGACGACGGUGAAAUGGUCACUAAAAGAGUACAAAAUGCGUGGCGAGUAUGUAUUGACUACAGAAGAUUGAACGUCGCCACACGGAAGGACCAUUACCCCUUACCCUUCAUCGAUCAAAUGCUAGACCGCUUGGCAGGUAAAUCUCACUACUGCUUUCUUAAUGGAUUUACUGGCUACUUCCAGAUACAUAUUACUCCAGAAGAUCAGAAGAAGACCACGUUUACUUGUCCAUUUGGCACCUUUGCCUAUAAAAGGAUGCCAUUUGGACUAUGUAAUGCACCCGCUACUUUUCAGCGGUGCAUGACGAGUGUCUUCUCCGAUCUAAUGGAAAAUUGUCUGGAAGUCUUUAUGGAUGACUUCAGCAUUUAUGGUACUUCAUUUGAUUAUUGUUUAGAUAACUUGGCCAAGGUCCUGGCUAGAUGUGUUGACACUAACCUUCUCUUAAAUUUUGAAAAAUGUCACUUUAUGGUACAACAAGGUAUAGUGUUAGGACAUGUAGUAUCUCAUGAAGGCAUUUCUGUAGACCCGGCCAAGGUCGAUGUUAUCACCACUUUGCCU